ACAUAAUUAUUCACUGCUCAUUCAAAUACUUCCUUGUUUUGUGCCCACCUUCUGGGAUAUGCCCCAAUAUGUCUCCUCCCAUUAACUUACAGAACUGUCAGAGAGAAACCAGGAAAUAGUACUAUAACUACUUGCAUCUACUGUACUUGUUGACGCACUUACCAAGAAACUCUAUAUAUAUGAUAGAAAUUAAAUCUACAGCAUCUACUAAGGAGUACAGUAAGGAAUACAGGGGGAACUGGACAUGCUAAUAUCCUGAGGCUUCAACUGCUGACAGGAUGAAUUCAAAGACAACAUGGCUUUUCGUUCAGCAAAACACGAUCUGACUUGUCCGAUCUGUUCUGACAUCUUCAAAAAUCCGGUGGUGCUGUCCUGUAGCCACAGCGUCUGUAAAGAAUGUCUGCAGACCUGGUGGGCGGAGCAACCUAUUCAUUUCUGUCCGUUGUGUAAAAGGAGGUCUUCUAAAGAUGAUCCUCCAUUUAACCUGGCACUGAAGAACCUGUGUGAAGCCUUUUUACAAGAACUUUCUGUAGAAGAGAAAUCCUCCGUCCAGUCUGAGGAUCUGUGCGUUCUGCACUCUGAGAAGCUCAGGCUCUUCUGUCUGGACCAUCAGCAGGCGGUUUGUGUCGUCUGUCGAGAUUCAAAAGCCCACGAAAAUCACAGAUUCAGGCCCAUUGAUGAAGCAGCGCAGGAAUACAAGAAAAUGCUCAGGAAGGCACUGAAACCCUUAAAGGAAAAGCUGGAGCACUAUAAUGAAGUAAAGUUUAGCUGGGAUCAAACGGUCGAACACAUCAAGGCCCAAGCUCAACACACAGAGAAGCUGAUUAAGGAUGAAUUUGGGAAGCUUCAAGAUUUUCUACGAAAAGAAGAAGAAACCAGGAUCACAGCCCUGAGGAUGGAGGAGGAGAAGAAGAGUCAGGUGAUGAAGGAAAAAAUCACCACUCUGAGUAAAGACAUAGUAGCUUUGUCAGAGAAAAUUAACUGCACAGAACAGGAACUGAAAUCUGAAGACAUCACAUUCCUGCAAAACUACAAGGCUGCAGUGGAGAGAGUCCACUGGCGUCCUCUGCUGGAGGAUCCACAGCUGGAAUCAGACGCUCUGAUAGAUGUGGCAAAACACGUGGGCAAUCUGGGUUUUAACAUCUGGGAAAAGAUGAAGGAGGAGGUUUCCUACAGUCCUGUGAUUCUGGAUCCAAACACAGCUCAACUAAACCUUGUUGUUUCUGACAAUUUGACUAGUGUGAGAUUUAUAGAAACAGAUAUAUAUCUUCUGAGAAACCCAGAAAGACAUGAGUGCUACUUCUCUGUCCUUGGAUCUACAGGCUUUAACUCCGGGGCUCACGGCUGGGAGGUUGAAGUCAAUAACAAUGGUAAUUGGGCAGUGGGUGUGAUGGAAGAGUCUGUGCAGAGGAAGGGAGAGGUUCUGACUGGAUACUGGGAAAUAUGGUAUCUAGAUGGUAAAUACAAAGCCUACGCUCCGCCAUAUACAGACAAAGUUUUGUCAGUUAAGUCUCCAGUCCAAAGGAUCAGAGCACAUCUGGAUUGGGAUAGAGGAAAAUUGUCAUUCACUGAUACGGAUACAAAAACACACAUAUACACUUUCUCACACACUUUCACUGAGAGGAUGUUUCCCUUUAUAAACACGAUAAAUAAAGUGCCACUGAAGAUUGUACCUGGUAAAGUAACACUGAACUUAGAAAUGUAGACAUUCAUUAUGGUCUUCAGGAUAGUCUUUAUGCCCGUGUACUGCUUUCGUUACCACUUAUUUUACUGUAUGUACAUGCUGUAAUAAUUACUACUUAUUACCUAUUAUUACUUAUGUUAGUAGUUUAACUUCAAAGAACAUAUGAAUGUUUUCUUAGUGAGUGGGAAAGUGGAUGAGACCACCCGCGGAGGGUGAGAGUAGAGUGGUAUAUAUAUAUAUAUAUAUAUAUAUAUAUACUUCCAGACUACUUCCAGAUACAGACAGACAGAAUGGUAAUGGCGAACCAACCAGACAUUGUGGUGGUGGACAAAGAGCAGAGGAAAGCCGUAGUGGUGGAUGUGGCAAUAGCAAGCGAUGGCAACAUCAGGAAAAAGGAACAUGAGAAACUAGAGAAAUACCAAGGGCUCAGAGAAGAACUGGAGAAGGCUUGGAAGGUGAAGGCCACAGUGGUGCCUGUGGUGAUCGGAGCACUAGGGGCUGUGACCCCCAAACUGGAGGCUUGGGGGUCACAGCCCCUAGGCUAAAGGCUUCUCUGCUUCUCUGCCUAUACAGUAACUGGAUAGGGUGGAACAAGUGAUAGAGGCUGUAUCAUGUUGCAGAGGUCUAAUAUGCAGUAAUGAUUUAAUCCCAAUGUGUGUGUUGUCUACAGUGCUAUACAACACAGGCUCACAUUCACAAUGUGUGUAAUGUGUGUUAUUAAUGAUAAAAACUAACCUUCUCUUCAAUACACAACAUAAACAUACAUUACGUGUCUCUAACAUAUUAUGGAAUUUCACAUCUGUGAAAUUUUGGUUGUCAAAGUAUUGUUUGUUGCUCAACUGGGAAUAGUUACAAAACACCCACUGACCAUUUCUUACAUACAAAAAUAAAUUAAAUUCAGUUCAGCUGCUCUUCCAUUAUUUUCGAUUAAAAGCAUGUUCAAGCAUGGACUAAGUCAGUUGAAGAAAAAGCUGAAAUGCAUUCUCUUGUGUAUGUGCAAACUUACGUGCGUUGGUAUAUCAACUGCUUUUACAUGUUUGAACAAACAAACAAAUAAAUAAAAUCAGUUUUGUUUAUAUAUGCAGCACCAGUUCUAAUCAUCUUGAGGCACUUUACAAAGUAGGUUUAAGGCCUUACAGGAAAAUAUAUUGUAUCAGAUAGAAUUAGAUUGUGAAGGUGAAGCUAAGGAAAUGGUUGUUGUGUCCAGAUAAAGGAAAGUAUUUUUGAGGUAACAGAAAUAAAAAA